AUGGGGAGUCUCACCGAGCUGCUGCUGGCGACUUUAGACCCGUCCAAGAAUGCCCAAGCAGAAGCGCAGAUUCGACAGGCUGAACAGGCCAGCGUCGACCAGUACUUUACAGCCCUUGCACAGGAGCUGGCAAACACGGAGAAGCCUGUCGUUGCUCGGCAGCUUGCAGGACUUCUCCUGAAGAACGCCCUUGCUUCCAAGGAUCCCGCGAAAGAUCGCGACCUGAAAGCGAGAUGGGCGAACCUGCCGGCCGCAAGCCGGAACUUGGUCAAGGAGGCCACCACCUCCGCGCUCAUCAGCCCGCAAACGGAUGUGGGCAAGGCGUCGGCGCAGGUCUUGGCCAAGAUAGGUGCCAUCGAGAUUCCCCUGGUGCAGUGGCCGGGCCUCGUACCACUUUUGCUGGGCCAUGUGACCAAUACCGACGUCAGAGCCAGACAGAUCUCACUGGUGUGCUUGGGCUACUUGUGCGAAGACCUGGUGAUCGUGCAGGAGGAGGGGACCAAUAUCGGGGAUGAUAUUGCCAACAACAUCCUCACGGCUGUUGUUCAGGGAAUGCGGGACACCGAGCCGCAGACGAAGCUGGAGGCGACUCGAGCAUUUUAUCACGCGGUGGUGCUGGCGAAAAAGAACUUCAAGAACCAAGUCGAGCGCGACGUGAUUAUGGGCGUCGUGAAUGAGACCUGCCGCUGCAACACGGCACCCGAAGUCCAGAUCGCAGCCUUUGAAUGCCUCGUGCAGAUUGCAACGGAGUACUACGACUUCCUCAUGCCGUACAUGAAUGGCUUGGGCCCUUUGACCUGGGAAACCAUCAAGUCAUCUCCAGAAAAGGUGGCGAUUCCAGCCAUGGAGUUCUGGUCCACCAUUUGCGAUGAGGAGCUCUACCUCAUGGAUUUGGUGGAGGCCGGCCAAGCGGGUGGCCGUGCUUCCCUGAACCUCAUCCAGCAGGCCCUGAGCUUCCUGGUGCCGCUCCUGACCGAGACGCUGACGAAGCGCCAGAGCGAGGACGACGACGACACCUGGAACCUGGCGAUGGCCGCAGGCACCUGCUUGGCGCUGGUGGCACAGGUGGUCAGAGAUGGCUGCGUGGACCUGGUGCUGCAGUUUGUGCACACCAACUUCCAGAAUCCUGAUUGGAAGUUUAGAGAAGCGGCGGUCUUGGCAUACGGCUCCAUCAUGGAGGGACCGACCAGCGAGAAGAUGAGACCGAUGGUCGAGCAGAGCCUCAGCCACCUGGUCCUGGCUCUGCAGGAUCAGAGUGUCGCCGUUCGCGACACCAUCGCUUGGACCUUGGGCCGUAUUGCCCAGUUCCAUCCCACCAUAGUUCCAGUCAAGCAGCUCAUGCCGCUCCUCUGUGAGAGGCUGCGGGAUGUCCCGCGGGUCUCUGCCAACAUCUGCUGGAACGUGCAGGCCGGGCUGGAAGUGAAGUGCCGUGAGCCAACCGGCCAAGGCCAGCUGCUCAAAGACCUAGGCAAACCUUUCGCCACCCAUACCCAAGAUCUCUCGCCACGGGAAGAGCCGACGAAAGAGGGCCCCGCGCCGAAGCCGCAUAAGCCGCCCAGCGACAGCGGUUCCUGGGAGACUUCCGAGACCUGCACACCGAGCAAUCCGAGCACGAACGAGAGUUGGAGCUCCAUCAAAAAGAGCUCCAAGAGCAGCUUGGCCCCGUCUUCCGUCGCUCCGAAGAAGCCCACAGUGAGAUACUACAGCCGCCAGGGGCAGCAGCGCCUGCUUCGUCGAGCCCAGGCUCUCUUCUGUCGCAGCUGGACGCUUGGGCUUGCUGCCCUGCUCGGGACGGCGGGCGCGGUCAUUGAGGUGCCUUUUGCCUCUGCCGAGGUCUUCGUCGGACUCGCAGAUCUGCUGAUGCUGUCUUCGGUGGCGCAGGGCGUGUGCGUGUUGGCCGGCUUCGAGUACCCAGACGGGUAUCCAGACGAAGAGAGGGGGCCAAAUCAGACGUUCUCGUUGCACCCAUGCCCGACCACUCCAAACUGUCUCUUUCAGGUGGAUGUCAGGCUACCAACUGAGCUUCGACGAGCGCGCUUCUUUCAGCCUCCCUUCGAGAUCCCUUCCCACGCGACGCCGGGCGAGGCUUACACCGAACUGCCGCUUCCUGGAGGCCUCAGCUGCUGUCCUUACACCCCCCAGGACUGCUGCGACUGGUACAACACGCAGACGCGGCUCUUCUGCGACUCCGGCGAUGCCGAGCUUGCGGCGGGCGGCCCGGGCGGCCCGGGCGGCGGCUGCUCCAACUUGACAUCCACCCCCUGGCCGUGCUUUCUUCGGGAGCUUGCACCCGCUCCGGCAUCCAGCGACUUCUUUCUGUCGCAGUUCCAGCUCGAUGGGGCGCAUCUGGAGGUCGGCAGCAAGUGGCGCUCGGCGUUCCUGGUGCUGGACGGCUCUCUGGUCGCUUUGGCAGGGCUCGGCCUGCGCAUCUGCGCGAGGCCGUGGGUCCGCGCAAAGCUGGACGCCUGCUCCACGCCGCUGCUGCGGCGCCUGGAGAGGCGCGUGAACGGCGCCUUGCUGCUGAUGGCGGCGCGGCUGCCCCGGUGUUUGCGCGGCGAGGCGGCCAAGGAGCUGCUCUGGCAAAGCGAGGCGGCGACGACCUUGCAGCGGGCCUGGCGGCGAAGGCUCAGGCUGCGAAGGCUCGAGCGGCUCUCCAUGGCCGAGGCCGUGGCCCUGGCCAUGGAGCGCAGGAGCAGCGUCCUGGCCUACCGCGAGGGGCUGCCGUGGCCCCGGUCUCGGCUCCCCGUUUUUGUGACUCUUGGCAAGGGUCGGAUCCUCGAGGCAAGAGGGGACGUGCUCAUGGAGAUCCUCGGUGACUUCCAGUGCCACUUCCGAGGCGCAUGGACUGACGGAGCUUUGGAGCCCAGCUUGUGCGCGGUGCCUUUUUCUCUCCGCGUUUUUGGCACGGCGGAGGAGCAGCGAAAGCGGCCCGCCGCGCUGAAGGGCGGCCCCAAGGGGCUGCUGUCGAAGAGGCCACCGCCUACGGCCCGGAACAG